AUGGGGCAGAGCGACCACGGGCCUCGUGUCAGUCUCGUGAGCAGGGCGUCUGGGGCCGCCUCCGCCAGGGGGGCGCCAGCUGAGGAGGAGGAGGAGGAGGAGGAGGAGGAGGAGGAGCCCUGGAAAAACUGUGCAGCUCUCGCGCGCGGUCCGCCUCCCCGCGCCCCUCGCUUUCCGGUGUGCGCGCGGGGCGCGCCGGGCGCUCCGAUGCUAAAUGGACGACAUGGUUGCGCGACCUUUUCCAGGGGGGGGCCCGGAUCGGCCCGGCCAGGGUGGGUGCAGGUGCGCAGCCUGGCAGCCCCGCGCGCGCGGCAGCCCCCCUAG